GCAACAUCAACGGUUGCCAAGCCAACGCACACCUUUAGCUUAAAGAGCAGCUUGUUACGAUGCCGCGGCGUCAGUCGGUCUUCUCUACAGGGGGUCAAAAAGUGAGUUUUUGACAGAUUUGUCAUCCACACCAGCUGACAAAGGUUCAGGUGUCGUUAACGGUGGCCACUUUCUCUACACAACAUGUAUUUAAUUGCAUCCAGCGUGCUCAGGCUCAGAAAACAUAGCAAAUGGGUUCAACGAAAUCACUUCCGAGUCGUGAGAACUAUUUGACAUUCCCGAUGUGCUGCAUUGAUCUCGGGGCUCCACCACUACCGAGUUCAGGAGGUCUCAGGAAAAGCACGUCACUUUAUUCUGAGGGAAACUUGACUUCGUUGCCGUGUGUUUUGUUGUGCGUUACGUUUUAAGCGCUGCACUUUGCUCUGGUUGCUCUUGUGUUCGCCUCAUCGUCCAGGGUGCAGUUAGUUUGUCCGCUGAACGAAACCCAAUUCAGGGAACACGCCGAAAGUCCCAAGUGAGCUGUCCGUGCAUGACAUGAACCGCUUUGCUCCCUCCUCUCCCUCUUCUUUCGUGACACUCAUCUCCCACGAGGGCGAGCACUCAUCGUUAGGCCCGUGUCCAACGAUGUGUCCAACAGUGUGACGCCUCCUGAAGAUCCACGGCGACAUUUGCACGCUCUCGGACACGGUCUCCAUCGCUCAGCGUCGCUUCUGGCACCGCUGCCUCCGCCCGGUCCUCAGAGGUCAGAGACAGCUGGAGGAAUGUCUGACGCUUGUUUGGUCAUGACACUCUGAUAUUAAUGGAGAAAAACACAAUCGGACCACCUCUCUUCUUUUAGCAGUGGAUGCAUCUUUGGUUGUUGGCGUUGGAGUCUGAAAAUGAUGCCUGAGUGCAGAUCAAACCAGUUGGUUGGAAUGGGAAUAAAUGUGUGUGAAGAUAAAUCCUGUAUUACUAGCUGGCGAGGGGAUAUUCUGUCCAGAUGAGAGAGUGGGCUGAGUUGGAGAUGAGCUUUUCGGCAGGAGGGUUUCUCUCCACCUCGGACGGUUACUGCUCAUCAGAGCAGCUCCAGUAUUACGACAUGCUGGCUGACCCUCUGGCGUACCCCCUACAGGACCCCGACCUUCAGCUGCUCCCCUGCAGCCAGCAGCAGUACCCCCCCGCCAACCUGCCCUUCUCCCUCUAUGGCUCUCCACCCUCCUCCACCCCCUCUCCGUCCUCCUCCUCCUCCUCCUCUUCGCAGCCCUGCCACCCUCCGUACCACUACAGCCCCCAUUGCAUGGAGGCCCCCUGUGAUCCCGGCCUCCAGGCCCACUGCGGCGUCCAGGCCCAGGGGCUCGGGAUGGUGGGACUGCCCCUGGUGCGGAGGACUCGGGUGAUGUCGGGAGGGAAGAACAGGGGUCAGGAGGAGCUGUGUGUGGUGUGUGGAGACAAAGCGUCAGGGUACCACUACAACGCUCUCACCUGCGAGGGAUGCAAAGGUUUCUUCAGGCGUAGUGUGACCAAGAAGGCCGUGUACCACUGCAAGAGCGGCGGCAGCUGUGAGAUGGACAUGUACAUGAGGAGGAAGUGCCAAGACUGCCGGCUGAGGAAGUGCCGCGCUGUGGGAAUGCUGGCUGAGUGCCUUCUGACAGAAGUGCAGUGCCAGUCCAAACGACUGAGGAAAGUCGGUCAAGUCAGAGGACAUAAGGAAGAGGAGAACGCGUACAACAAGAGAGUCAGCUCCACCAGCAGGCUGCCGGGGCAGGCUCCGUCUGCCAGUUUGACCCGAGAGCAGAAGCAGGUGGUGGACCGGAUGGUGGAGGCGCAUCGGCAGUACAAAGCGCAGGACAGCAGCCCCUGCAGGUUGCUCGAGUGGUCGUGUGCAGAAGAGGCGGGGAGCUUUUCUGAUGUCGCGACGCCACAACUGCAUCGACUGCUGCAGUUUGCCAGAACAGUGCCAGGUUUUGACCUCCUGGAUUUCUCCGACCAGAGCUCCCUGUUGUCGGUCUCUUGGCUGGAGGUCAUGUUCCUGCUCUCAGCACAGCAGUUCUCCCUCAACCCCACCAGCCCCAGUCCAGCUCUGCAGAUUUUUAGCAUGUCGACAAACAACUGGCUGAGAAAUGCAGAGUCAAAGGAAAACAUCCACAGCAGGAUGCCGGUCAACUCAGGAGGCAGUGAGGAUCUCUUCGGGCCGGUGCUCAACUUCUUCCACAGCAUGGCGACGCUGCUGGUGACGGAGGCCGAAUACGCUCUGCUCACUGCAACCGCUCUGCUGUGCUCAGACCGCGCGUCCCUGCAGGCCGCCAGCUGCGUUGAGAAAAUGCAAGAACUGAUCCUGGACCUGCUGUCCAGGGUGUGCGGGGCCCAGGCCGGAGCCGCCCGCGGGGGGCCGCAGCGGUUCGGUCGCCUGCUGGGCAGACUGACGGAGCUACGGACCCUCCGUCACAACUACCUCCUCCUGACGAGACGGCAGCCGGGACACUGACAGGGAGGACGCAGCUUCAUGUUUGGUUAGAGGGACUAGACGAUCCGGGGGUUCAGCCGAUGAGUUUUUAGCUCAUGAUGGGACUGAAAUGUGUUUAUUUGGACCAAAUAUACGUUAUCGGUCACUUUUUUUUAUAACCGUUGUAAAGAGCUUAACAUUUACAAUAAGCAUUACUUUUCACAAUGCUGAAUAUUGUUGAAAUAAAAAAUAAAACCGUAUGUGUGCUCC